UUCUUGAACCCAAGUGACAGUUCUUCAGAAACAUCCCCAACAAAUGCGACACCAACAGCUGCGCUUCAUCUUCUUAAAGUUGGAUGGAUAAGGAGAGGGACGGUGCACGAGGAACUAACGCUUGUCUUUAAAGCAUAACUAAACCAAUAUCAUGAAGCCAGUGAAAUAAAAAAUAUAUAUUUUUAAAACAACCUAAUUUACGAAAAGAAUGGUUACUUUUUUCUUACUGCGGACACGCGCAAGUUAACAUUAUACGUGCACGCUUCCGUAAAGCAGUGACAAAGAUGGCGGCUGCCGCCGGAUCAGGCGUUGUAGUUCCCCGCAGCUUUCGGCUGCUGGAGGAACUGGAGGAAGGCCAGAAGGGAGGUGGAGACGGUACAGUGAGCUGGGGCCUCGCAGAUGAUGACGACAUGACGCUAACUCACUGGAAUGGCAUGAUCAUUGGCCCCGCCAAGACUGUCUAUGAAGGCAGGAUAUACAGUCUAAAAAUAGAAUGUGGACUCAGAUACCCAGAGCAUCCCCCUCUUGUCCGCUUUGUGAACAAGAUCAACCUGAGUGGUGUACACAAUUCAAAUGGUGUGGUGGACAUAAAGGCGGUGACAGCGCUGUCCAGGUGGAAAAACUCCUACAACAUCCGGAUGGUGCUGCAGGAACUCAGACAGCACAUGAUGAUGAAAGAGAACAACAGGCUUUCCCAGCCGCCCGAAGGCCAGGUGUACAGCAACUGAGGCUCCUGCUGUCAUCCCUCCCUGACAGACACACACACACACACACACACACACACACACACACACACACACACACAGCAUCUUAAACAGUUAACACUGACUCUACUACUUUCAAACUACACAACCAUCAUCUUAUCCAAGACUCUUGACUCCCACUUCCUCCCUCGGGAGCCUCCCAUUGGACAAAGGGAGGGAUGCACAAGUGAACCCGACCUCUUCGCCCAGUCAUCCAUUAAAGUUCAUGGUGCAGACCAGACAUUAUGAAACAAGAAUACUGUACAUCUUGCUAAUGUUGUUUUUUUAAUAAUCUUUGUGUUCUACAUCCAGAUUGUAAAAUAACAAAUGACCUGAUUGAGUGUACCAAUUAUGUGUGUGUCCGCUGGAUUCUUCACAUGUGGUGACAGUUAGUCCCUGUUAUAUGGGUAUUGUGGUGAGAGAUUUGAAUCAACUCACUACUCAGAAAAACAAAUAUACUCCUGUAACCCCGACUGAUAUUUUAAAUGUUCAGAUCAUUCGGAGUUGUUUUUUAAACAACAAACGUCAACAUCUUGCAGUAUGCCAAAUGUAUCCUCACGGAGAAAAAAUGUACCCAAAACAAUGCUUUGCUUGGUCUCCCAGGCUAUGUUAGUCUCACGUUCCCCAGCUUCCACAAUCCCGAUGAUGUGAAUUUGACAAGCCUUCCUUAAAUGAUUGCAUGUCCGGUACAUGGGAAUAAACUGCUACUAGACAUUCAGUGACGUAUGUAUCAACGGGGCACUGCUGGUUCAUCACUUGUGUUCUCAGACUUGUCUUCUGUGUGCCAUAUGGUUCAUAGCGCUUUGUGAUAGUGAUUGAUUAUUAGCAGCCAGUGGGAGGGGUGUAGGGAGGGGGAUGGGGGGGCUACAGGUCCUUGUGCUUUCUCUCUUCAGAGAACAAAGUUUGUAUGCUUGGAACCUUUUCAGGAUCACCACUGUACUGUGGCCUGUGCGGAGCAGGAGGAGCUGUGAUUUUUUUUUGUUAGCUGUUUUUUGGGUUCUUGUUUUGGUUUCUUUAGUCUGUGGGCUUACCUGUGUAUCCUCCAUGGAGUUGUCUCUUCUCUCAUACAGUGAAUGCCCACUGAACGCAAUGUAUGGCUUUGGAUGUUUAUUUUAUAACGGGUUGAAUCUAAUCAGGGUGAUGGUGACCUGUUGCAUGUUUUUAUUUGAAUUAAACGUUAUUACUUUUGCA